AUGAAUCAUUAUUCAAUUUCAUUUAAUAUAUCUUAGCUUGUACUGUGAUUCUUUUUCCCAGAUCAGAAUCUCUGUGAAACGUACACAAGCUAGCAAGCAUGGCAUCUUCACCUUCAACACACAACAACUGCCUUGGAUGGGCUGCAGAGAUCCAUCCGGACUUCUCUCUCCUUAUAAUUUCAGCCGCAGGGUUGUCGGGAGCGAUGAUGUGUCGCUAGAUAUUGCAUAUUGCGGCAUCUGUUAUGCUGAUGUUAUCUGGACAAGGAAUGAAGGAGGAACAUCCAAGUACCCUUUAGUGCCUGGCAGACAUGAGAUUGUAGGAAUUGUGAAAGAGGUUGGGUCCAACGUUGUUGAGCGGUUUAAAGUUGGUGACCCUGUGGGAGUUGGAGCUUAUGUUAACUCUUGCAGGGAGUGUAAGUAUUGUAACGAUGAAGAUUUAGAAGUUGAGUGUUCAAAGGGUGCUGUCCCUACUUUUGAUGGCAUAGAUGCGGAUGGUACAGUCACCAAAGGAGGAUACUCUACUUACAUUGUUGUUCAUCAAAGGUAUUGCUACAAAAUUCCUGAAAAUUACCCUCUCGCCUCAGCAGCGCCAUUGUUAUGCGCUGGAAUUACUGUGUACACUCCGAUGAUGCGACAGAACAUGAAUCAACCUGGUAAGUGUUUGGGUGUGAUUGGACUAGGUGGUCUUGGUCACUUGGCUGUGAAGUUUGGCAAAGCUCUUGGAUUGAAAGUGACGGUUUUCAGCACCAGUAUAUCAAAGAAAGAAGAAGCUCUGAAUCUUCUUGGCGCCGACAACUUUGUGAUCUCAUCUGGUCAACAACAGAUGAUGGCACUGUCGAAAUCAUUUGACUUCCUGAUUAACACUGCAUCCGGAGAUAUCCCAUUUGAUCUGUACUUGUCGCUGUUGAAGACUGCUGGUGUUCUUGCUUUGGUGGGGUUUCCUAAAGAAGUGAAAUUUAGCCCUGCAAGCCUAAGUUUUGGUAUAAUUAUCUCAACUAAAAGCUAAGCUCUGCAAUUUAAAA